UUAUGUUUUUAGCCAAAAUUUUGAUUUAAUUUCUGACUAAUUUCUCUUAAACCUUUCACUGAAAGACCUUAGAAACAAACCUUUAAGAAAGCGUAGAGGUGCAUCACCUUUGACUGCAUUUUUUCCUUAGUCAUCUAGUAUAUUCCAUGUCUAUACAGCGUCUCACCUUCAAAAAAAAUCCCUCUGCAGUAGGAAGCUAUCAUUUCAUCUUCUCUGAAUUGAAUUUAUGAAUUCAUGUUGCUCAGAUGAUAUUUUUUAAACAAUAAAAUACUCUUGAAAUUUUCUGCUAAACCUCUGUGUUCUUUGAUCAUGGAUUAUUCACAUUCCCCUCAAAAUUAUUAAACAGAAAAGAGGAAGUAUAAAUAUGUGGAAGUGUGACUCCUUUGUACCUCUCUUCUGCUGAAAUAAAACCCAAGCCAAAAACAUUUUUUGUAUUAAAAUGUGGCUAAUAUCCAGAAUGCAGCCAAAAUAAAAACUUUAAGACAAAUUUCCUUUUUGGUGAAAAGUUUCUUUUCUGUUAUUUUCUUAUAGACUGUUUUUUGAGUGGCUCUGUUAAACAGUGGCAUGCAAAUCACAGUAAUGCAGCAUGCACCACUGAAUGAAUGGUUCAUAUCCACUACAAGUUUAAAAUGAAGUUUGGUUACUUAGUGUUUAAUGCCUUCUCUUGCUCUAUGAAAUUGAUUAAUCAUCUUGUGUACUCUCUUGCUUUAUACCUGAACUCUUGCAUGUCUAACUCUCAGAUUAUCAAUGCUUUGUUGUUGAUUCUAGGGAUGUUAUCAAAUAUUUGCUUUCUUCAGUCAGGUUGCGCUUUUAAGGGAGGGAAGUUUCAAGGAACAGGUAGGAGAAUGGUGGGCAGGGUUGUUACAUGGCACAGAUAUCCAUGCAGAGAACCAAACUGGUGGGUUGGAAAGAAGUGAGGAUAAAUUGGCCCUCUUUCCUUUGUUCAGGCUGCAACUGCUCCGGACUCAGUAGUGCUGGAAAAGCACCCUCUGAAAGGGCAGAGUUCCCUUUUCUGUUACUUUCCAUAACUGCACAGUAGUAAGAGGACUGGGCAGAAAGAGAGGGAAAUAGGGAUCAUGUGCAAGCAAUGCAAGAAAGAAAAGCUCUUCAUACUUUACUGGCAAAACGGCAGGAAGAUCUGCCUCCUAAGAGAAUGAAAGAUAGCUACUUGGAAGUUAUCCUGCCUCUAGGAAGUCAACCUGAAAUAAGAGAAAAGUAUCUGAACGUACACAACAGUGUCAGGUUUGGAAGAAUUCUUGAAGAUCUUGACAGCUUAGGAGUUCUCAUUUGCUACACUCACACGAAGCAGGAAGCGCAGCCAAGGUCUCCCUUAUCAAUAGUUACAGCCCUGGUGGAUAAAAUCAAUUUGUGCAAAAAGAUCAUAUAUCCGGACUGUGACAUCAAAUUCACUGGCAAUGUUUCCUGGGUUGGGAGGACCUCAAUGGAAGUGAAGAUGCACAUGCUGCAGCUACAUGAUGGUGACUACAGCCCUGUGUUAGAUGCAACCUUUGUCAUGGUGGCCCGGGAUCCAGAAAACAAACGGCCAGCAUUUGUUAAUCCACUAAUUCCUGAGAGCCCUGAGGAGGAAGAAAUCUUCAAGCAAGGGGAAUUUAACAAGACAAAGAGGAUUGAUUUCAGCACUGCUUCCUUACUGAAAAUGGCUCCCACUGCAGAAGAAAGAAACAUUGUUCAUGACAUAUUCCUUAAUACAUUGGACACAAGGAUGGUAAGUUUCCGGAGUCGUGUGUUACCACCCAAUUCAAUGUGGAUGGAAGAUGCAAAGCUGAAGAGCCUACAGAUUUGCCACCCUCAGGAACGGAACAUCUUCAAUAGGAUCUUUGGGGGUUUUCUCAUGAGGAAAGCAUUUGAACUGGGAUGGGCAACUGCUUGCAGCUGUGGGGGUUCCAGACCUUUUAUCGUAUCUGUUGAUGAUAUCAUGUUUCAGAGGCCAGUUGAGGUUGGAUCCUUACUACUGCUUUCUGCACAGGUUUGCUAUACAGAAAAAAACUAUAUCCAGGUUCGAGUACACAGUGAGGUUUAUGAUGCAGAUACCAGAGAACACCAGACAACCAAUAUCUUCCAUUUUACAUUUAUAUCAGGAAAGGAGGUCCCACGGGUUGUCCCCAAAACGUAUGGAGAGUCUAUGUUGUAUUUAGAUGGGAAGCGACACUUCACUGCAACCAUAAAAGAAAUCUGAGAGGCACUGAAUGCUGCAUCAACAGUGUAGCAGCAUGCUGUCCUUGAAAGAGAGCUGUCACCAGAGAUGACUACCAGACAGGUGCCUGCAGUACUUAAAAAAAAAAAAAAAAAAAAAAAAAAAAAAAAAAGUUCCUUUUUAGCCUAUGUAUUAGCCUAAUAUGUAUUUGCCUAUAAGUGGAUUUCUUAGUCUCUGCUACUAGCAUUUUUUUAGAAAUCUACUUUGACACACUGAUUCUUUUAGGAAAAAAGGCUGAAAAAAACCCCAUCUUAAUCUUUAGAAAGCUUCUGUCUGUCUGCAUUGAGAGAUCUCGUUACCACCUUUGCUGUCUUGUCACCAUCUGCCUUAUUUCCCUUGAUAGUUCCCCUUUGUUGUUUCUCUGAUAAGAGUUAGAAGUUCUAUCAGAAAAAUAUGGGCAAUAGGUAGAUAAACACAGAUGAAGCCAGUUGACCUACAUUAAUGCGUAAAUUAGGUUCAGGAUCUUGUUUUUUUUUUUUUUUUUUUUUUUUCUUUUUAAACAAAGACACAAGCAUCUGGACAGCUGCAGAAGCUCACAAAUUAAUAGAGUGUGCACACAAUAUUAGUGUGUGCAUAUGCAAGCAGGCAUUUUCCAUCAUCUGGGAUUUUACAGGGUUGUUGCAGCUUCUCUUUCGGAUGGUUGCCUGUUCCCUUGGGAGGUGACUGGUUUUUGUAAUGAAAUAAAAUGGCCAGAUGGGCUGUUCUGUCAUUCUGUUUGCAUAGCCAGUCCCGCUAGCCUCUUGUAAAAUCUUUUUGUUUGUUUGUUUGUUGCUAUAACUGCAAGUGUGUUCCUGAAUGAAUUAUUCAUGAUGGUCUGUGGAGUAGAGAUCUGACUGAAACUGGGAAAGGGCAUUGUGAAGCAAAACAUUUUGGUUUAUUUGGGGUUGGGAGCAGAGAAAGGAAAAUGCUGCUAAAAUGGCAAUACUUGUAUUUGAUAGAUGCAGGAGUCAGGGCUCCAGAGAAUCUGUGUUGAGCAGCUCCCAGGUCAGCUGCUGAAUGGUGAGAGAAUUGUUACUCCCCUAUGGGGGAAUAGCUACACCACUGCUGUGUAGGGGUAGACUGUAAUGGAAUAUGAGUAUUGCACUGCUUUAAAGGUUGUCAAGCUUAUCUGUGAAGGACAGUCACAGUCACAAAAUUGGAUCUCUGAUACCUUCAAAUCAAGACUGAUGUCCUGUGUGAUCAAGACACACAAACAAGAGUAGCAGGGCUCAGCGGUAGGUUAAAUGGGAGAACUAUCAUGUCUUACAGUGCAAGAGAAUAGACUCGGCUGUCCCUUGCAGGCUUAAAAACUCCAAAAUGGGGAAGAAGCAGGUAGAUUUGGUGCGACUCAGCAAAGAUGCAUGAAACAGGUUGAUAAAACAAAGUAAUGUGAUGAGAUUUUAUUUCAAAGUAGGAAAGUUUGAGAAAUUCAUGAUUAGGACCAGCUUCCUGUGGUGCUGGAAUGAUAGUGUGAAAUUCAUGGCUUGUAAAAGCUGAUGGCUAUACAUGGAAGGGGAAUGAGCGUUCUAUCAGCUGGCAUGUUAUGCAUUGGCCUUUCCCUUAGAUUUUGCUGCAUGUGUUAGGUAGCUUUCCAGUGGAGAAACAAUGUUACUUGACACAGAUUGGAUUGAUGCAUUGCAGUGAUAGCAUGCUCCCUGUUCCUUAUAUUGAAUUUCACUCUUCAGCCACACUCUGUUCCUGAUGCAGCUGUAUGAUCUUAUAAUCCUUUUCUUUAAUGGUUAUGAAACUGUGGGUAUAUUUUUUCUGUUUUCCUCCUCUUUGGAAGCUGAGUAUUUGACCGAUCACACAAAUAAAGAACUGAAAUUCUAUCCCAGCUUCUUCUUCCCUUGCUGUAUGCAUCACUGUGGGGUGCUCAAAGUAAGCAGCGAAGCAGGAAUUUGAGAGAUCUGUUUCAGAACUACCUAUUACUUCUGACUAUAUAGCUUUUUAGCAUUGGCCCAGUGAUCCUACAUGAGUCACUUUUGCAUAACGCUUAUAAGUUAAGCAAGUACCAAAUUCAUUUUCUUCUGCCUUUUCAGUUAUAUUUAAAUAUGAAUUUAUCAUAAUUUCUAAAGUUACCCUUUGGAAAGCAGUUGGCGAGGAGGAAAAGAGAUAAUACAGUGGGGAGGAAAGCAUGACAUAAAACUCCCUGGACACAGUGAAGAAAAUGAAUCCAGCAAAUGAAGAUGCUUAAAAGGAUAUAUAUUUUCAAAGUUCAUGAUAUCUUAAGAAUGUACAACAAUCACAGUUAACUAUAGAAAUGUACGUACAGCCAUACGGAAUAUGUGUGUGUAUGUGUUUAUAUACAUAUAUAUAUAUUAAAACCCUAUGUAAACUAUGUAUAGUAAUAAAAAGAAAGACAGAA